GUGUUUUGGUGUACACAGGUAAACUUUUACUGGCACUCUUUUUUUUCUGUUAAAUGAAUAACAUCAAUAUUUUAAUAUCUAAAAGUCAGGACCAAGAAGAUCAUGGCAGCAGUGAACUCGUUGAGGAAUAUACUGAUACAGCCACACCAAGGUAUUAAUGUAGAACUUAGUCUACCACUGUGGUUUGAUACUUGGUUCAACUUGAGUAAAAACCUUAAAAUUGAACAUGGUAUGAAGGAUUGUCAUAAGCUUUUUGACCCGUUCUCACAUGAGGAGUGUUAGAUUGGUUAUUUUGAUGGUUAGAAUAAAAAUAUCUUCAAAGCUUUUCUGUGACUUGCAUAUUACUUUAGCCAGUGUCCGGACUGGUGCAAUCAUAAUACUCUGAAGUAAUGGAUGUAUUCAGAAAAGCUAUUGAGAUCACAUCCAACAGGAGUUUUUGUAGUGAUCCACAGAGUACUCCUCACAGUUUCAACUGUCUUCCAAUGUGUCCACUUUUCCGAGAAAACACAACUGUUCAGACCAAAACCAGACAGCUUGCAUAAGACAAAUACUACAUGUGACAGUCUGAUGCAUUUAUUUGUGUGUGUCCACAGUGUAGGAGAGCAGGCUGGCCGUGUGGCUGCAGUAGGGCAGCUGACUGAAGAACAAGUGGCUCAGGUUUUUGCAGCUGCAGAGAUCAGCAGGGCCUACAGGAGGACUCAACAUGAAAAACUGUUAGAGUUCAUAAUAAAGGACCAUGGAGCAGAUGAUCACUUGCUGCUAUACAAACAGUUGAGAGGACUUCUCUGCCAGAGGCAGAAAAUCUGUUCAUGGAUGGACCAGCAUACAGUGAGUGUGAGAGGGAAGAGUUUGACAAACUUGUUUUGCAACAGUUGGACGCACAAGGAAAGCACCACUGAGGCAUUUAAACUCAGGAUUACAUCUCAACUCUACUCAAAUAAAUGUGUCUCUUUCUUUACUUCUCUUUUGCCUUUUUAUUUCUGUGUGUUAAAAUGACUGUGCAAAAUAAAGUUGUAUAUAUUUAAUGUAACUAUUAAUGUAAAUAAUAAAGGACACUUUCUGUUAUUGUUAAAGAUUGUUGAUUAAGUUCUGUAUAUUUGAAAUUGCAUGUCUGUUUUUAGACAAUUGAUGUCAUCUGGAUUUUUUCUUUAAUUGUUAUAACUGCUUUGUACAGUUGUUAUGCAUUUUACAUUGUUGUUUUAUUUAUAUAUAAUAUAUAGAAGUGGGCAUGCUGUUGUUUUAAUACUUCAGUAUAUUCCUUGAUCAGUCUGUUUGUUAAAUUUAAUCUUUGUGCAUUCUUUCUUUCAAUUCAAUUGACCAAUCAUUAUUGAUAA